CGUUAAUCCAGGAAGUGCGUUUUGUAAACUUGCUAGUCAGCUGUAACUUUAGAGCAGCCCAGUUUGACCGACAAUGUUUUUUUAAACGAGAUAAUAUGCGGAACUAAGAAGAGGAGUCUUCUUUUGUACGAUAAUUUGCAUGACACAAUGGAGGAGAAAAACAAGAAACGUAAAAGUACAAAACCAUCUUCAAACCAGCCGCCUCCCCCGAUUACUGCACGAAAAACUACAACAUCCAACAGUAGAUCAUCUGGUGUCAGUGGAAUGGGGACCCGCUCAAGUCAGAGGGCAAAGUAUCGCAGGGGAGUGAGAGAUAAACCCAGGCCUCAAAGUCAGUCGGGCAAAAGUAUCCAGUCAGCCCCCAUUCAGCACUCCUUUCUCACAGAUGUGUCUGAUGUACAGGAGAUGGAGAAUGGUCUGCUCAACCUCCUUAAUGACUUCCAUUCUGGAAAAUUACAAGCCUUUGGUAACGAGUGUUCCAUCGAUCAGAUGGAACAUGUGCGAGAAAUGCAGGAAACACUGGCCCGCCUGCACUUUGACCUGUAUGGAGAAGUGGAUGAGAUGCCAGAGGACCAGAGGAAGUCAGCUUAUGACACUAACAUGGAUAAACUGUUAUUGAAUCUGGAAGAGUUGAGCUCCUCGAUACAAAAGCUUAACCUUGCUGACAGUCAAGAUGUCCCCAGAACUUCCAGCAUAUGAACUAUUAAGGUUCUGAAGUAUCUACUACGGAGCAUACAGUGUUCAUAUCUACCAUGGAAUCGCUAUGAUGAGAUGGCAGUAUUGUAGUCCUGUAUCUGUGACACUGUGGAACUUAAACCUAUAGAAUUGGUCAGCUUGGCUUAUUUGCAUCUCUAUAGUUGUAUAGAUACAAUAUCAAAGAACAAAUCCACAGAAUAAUGAUGAAAUGCAAUUUAGUGUCUUUCUCACUGGAUCAUUUACCAUGAUAAAUGUUUCUCAAGAUAAUGUUUGAUUACAUUGUGAGAUCAAUUUUGUCUUAAAUGUUGCCUUUGAGUUUUACAGUAACAGCACCUUUGCAUUAUCACUAAUCCACUUUAACAAGGGACGGUCUGGGUUUUUGUUUUAGGGCUUAGUUUGGUUUCUUAACCAAGUCAGGUCUGAAGGCAAUUUAUAGAAAGAGAAUGGCAGACUAUGUUCAUCAAGAUGUCAAUUCCUUGAGACUGCACAACGAAAGAAUAUAUAUUAGGCUGUUAUAGUUACUGAUUUUAUUUUGAUUUAAAUAAUUUGACAAGUGUAAAUUACUUCUUGCUGAUUGUCUAACUUUUAAUUCAAUGCUUCUAUCAAACAAGUUGUAAUGUCAUGUUGGAUGACUAAGGUAUAAUCCACAUCUGAUUUUUGUAAUUUUUUUAUUAUUAUAUAGGGUGCAAAUGUAAGAUUGUCUCUAUACAUGCAUGCCAUAGCAGAGAUGCAGCAGCUGAUGAAAGAAACAUGGCUUUACAUUUAUAAAUGCGUCAAUGACGUGAUGCUCAUUUUUUUAAUUUAUUUUUAUUUUUUAGUUUGGGUCUAUUAAAUUAUUCAUUCACACAAAACAAUUACUUGAAUACACCUUUAUUAAUCUGAGAUCAGUUAUUUUUAAAAAAAAUUUCUUUCUGGAACUUAAUGUCAAAAAUUGU